GACUUAGACCCUUAAGCUACUACCUUACAACAAUAUAGGUGAUUUUACAUGACAUAGUAAUAGCUUAACAACUCUUAUCUUCAUCUUUUAUAUGUAUUUGAAAAUUAUUUAGGUACCAACUCCAACUUUUUUCCAUCACAUUGACACUUUUUCCUUUUGGUUUUCUGUCAUGCAAUACUUUUUUGCUACAUUGAUUAUUAUCUAUAAAUACUAUCAUUUCCAUCAUGGUCUUCAUCCAAUCCAUUUGAAAACGUCUCUUUAACUAAUCUUUCUUAAGAACUUUUGUUCUGUGAAGUUAUCUUGAAAGAGAAAUAAUGGUCAAUUUUAUAAACUUUUUUCUGCUUUUUUCUUUACUAGUCUUUGUUCCUUUCUGUCACUGUGAAAAUAAAGUAGGAGAUUACCUAUACCCUCAAUUUUACGAUAAGUCGUGUCCCAAUGUUGAAGAGAUUGUCAAGUCCGUUGUUGCGAAGGCUGUCGCUAAAGAGCCUCGCAUGGCUGCUUCCUUGCUGAGACUACAUUUCCAUGACUGUUUUGUUAAGGGUUGUGACGCAUCGAUUUUGUUAGACAGCAGCGGAACUAUCAUCAGCGAAAAGAGGUCAAAUCCGAACCGUAAUUCAGCUAGAGGAUUUGAAGUCAUUGAAGAAAUUAAAUCUGCAAUAGAGAAAGAGUGUCCUAAUACAGUCUCUUGUGCUGAUAUUUUGACACUAGCUGCUAGAGAUUCAACUGUCCUUACUGGUGGACCAGGCUGGGAUGUACCUUUGGGAAGAAGGGAUUCCCUUGGUGCAAGCAUCAGUGGCUCAAAUAACAACAUUCCUGCUCCUAACAAUACAUUCCAAACCAUCUUAACUAAAUUCAAGCUUAAGGGACUUAACAUUGUCGAUCUAGUUGCUCUAUCCGGUAGCCACACCAUAGGAGAUUCUCGGUGCACUAGCUUUCGGCAAAGACUCUACAACCAAACUGGAAAUGGCAAGUCAGAUUUCACUCUUGACCAAAACUAUGCAGCUCAAUUGCGCACUCGGUGUCCAAGAUCUGGAGGGGACCAAAAUCUGUUUGUCCUAGACUUUGUCACUCCAGUGAAAUUCGACAACAACUACUACAAGAAUUUAUUGGCCAACAAGGGUCUGUUAAGUUCUGAUGAAAUUCUGUUGACAAAGAAUCAAGUAUCUGCAGCUUUAGUGAAAACUUAUGCCGAAAGAAAUGAUCUUUUCUUUGAACAAUUUGCUACGUCCAUGGUUAAGAUGGGAAACAUUACUCCAUUAACAGGAUCAAGGGGUGAAAUCAGAAAACGCUGCAGAAAGAUUAACUCUUGAUGAAGUACUAUCAUUGUCAUGUUGCACAUGUGAAGAAAAUUGAAUCUGCAUUUUGUUGAUCUUUUAUUUGUUUAGCCAUUGGCAUAGUAGCUAUGUCCUGAGUAUAAAUUUGGACUUUUGGUAACAUUGUUUUGUGUGUUUGAAGGAAUUCUAUGUAAUAAGAUGUUUUAAAAAUAGGUUAAUAAAGUGUGAAGUUGUUGGAAUUAAGGGUCUUGAAGUUUAAAUGAAAUUUGUUUCCUAAAGUGAUAUUGGAAAACUUAA